CGUCACGUUGCCAGGGUGACGGAUGGAUGAAGAUGGCGGCUCGGUCCGGGGGGGCUCUGCUCACUGUGGGGGCCCUGCUCGUCCUGACCUGCCAAUCACCGACCAGCACCAUCAACUGCCGGCACCGAGCCCCGGGACCCGAGGAGGUCAUCUACAGAGUCCAGCAGAAGAGCGAUCACAUCUGGAAGAGAGACGCCGAGCAGCAACUGCGAGUGCAGAUCCACUAUGACCCCAGUAUAGACCAUCUGGUGGUGGUGAAGAGGAGACUUGUGAAGAGCAAGCUCUUCCCACAAGCCAUUUCCUACCUACAGAAGACAUUCCAAGUGCGGAGACCCAGCAGCUCCAUCCUGCUGAGCAGGCAAUGUGCAAACAAUCAAUACUUGAAGAAGAAGUCGGAUCCUCACCGAUACUGUCAUGGCGCCUGCGCUCAGCACACAAGGUGCGGCCCGGUCAUCGUCCCAGAGGACCACCUUCAGCAAUGUAUGCUGUGCAAUAACACAGAGCAGUAUUGUGGCCCCUCCGGGCCCCCGGACAGUGGAGGCAUCAGAAACACCGACUUUGUCCUUUAUGUCAGUGCCAUCACCACAGAGAGGUGCAGCCAGGAAAAUAUUGUCGCUUACGCAGCGUAUUGCCAACUGGAAGCCGAAAUGGACAGACCGAUCGCGGGAUAUGCCAACCUGUGUCCCAGCAUGAUGUCCACCCAGCCGCAGGAGUUCGCUGGCAUGUUGUCUACAGUCAAGCAUGAAAUCAUUCACGCCUUGGGAUUUUCGGCCGGUCUCUUUGCGUUGUAUCGGGAUGAUAAUGGCGAUCCUCUGACUCCAAGGUACAUAAAUGGGCUCCCGCUCUUCAAUGACAGCCUGGGGGUCUAUCAGUGGAGCGAUCGUGUUGUUCGUGCCGUCACCAGGAACUGGGAUGUCAGCGGAUUCAAGAUGGUCCAACACAGAGUAUACCUGCUGGUCACCCCCAGAGUCACUGACGAGGUCCGCAGACAUUUUAACUGUCCAAUCCUGGAAGGGAUGGAGCUGGAGAACCAGGGCGGGAUGGGCACCGAGCUCAAACCAUUGGGAGAAGAGGCUGCUGGAGAAUGAAGCCAUGACUGGUUCCCACACCCAGAACCCGGGUGUUUUCCAGGAUAACUCUGGCACUGAUGGAGGAUACGGGAUGGUACAGAGCCAACUACAGCAUGGCGCAGAGACUGGACUGGGGCCGCGGGAAGGGCUGCGACUUUGUCAUGAAGAGCUGCAAGUUCUGGAUGGAGCAGCAGAGCAGGCGGAAUCGCAGCGUCAGCCCUUUCUGCCACACACUGCGGAGUAACCCUUUAAAACUGGCCUGCAGGCAAGACCAGAGAGCUGUGGCCAUCUGUAACCUGCAGAGGUUCCCCCAGAGACUCCCCCAGGAGUACCAGUACUUUGAUGCCAUCCCCGGGGUGCGUCCGGAGGAUCUCCCCCAUUACGGAGGUGCGGUGGAGAUCGCCGACUUUUGCCCGUUCACACAGGAGUUCAGUUGGCAUCUGAGCGGGGAGUACCAGCGCAGCUCGGACUGCACGUUGGCGCAGAAUCAGCCAGCGGCCUCCAGGAAUUACGGGGCGGAGCGUUAUGGGCCGGACUCGGCCUGCCUUGAGCAGCGAUCGGCGUUUGUCAUGGAGCAAUGUAUGAAGCGUAUGAGUUACCCGGAUUGGGGCAGCGGCUGUUAUCAGGUGAGCUGCUCCCCAGAAGGCCUCCAGGUCUGGGUGGAAGACUCCCCGUACCUGUGUACCCGGGCCGGCCAGAUACUCACCGUCAACACCAACAUCAACGGCUGGUUUUAUGAGGGGCAUCUGGUAUGCCCACCCUGCCUGGACUUCUGUGACACGUGCCCACCCGAGAGAGAGCCACCGCCAGACAACAGGAGCAGACUGGCCCCUCUAGAUCUCUGCUCCCGCUCCUCCAACCUGGUGGUCACCUUGUGGCUUCUGAUGCUGAACUUACUCCCCCUGCUGGCCGGGUUCUUCCUCUGCGUCCACCACUGA